AAAGAUCGAUCUGCCUGUUGGGUUUUUGUGUGUCAAAUACUGUAUUUAGUCACAAAUAUACAGUAUGGCUGAUAAUAAUUCAGUGGUUGGUGGGAAAUCCUUAAUGGGAAUCAUUGAUCACCAGGUAAUUUUAGUUCAGGUUCUUGUAGCAGUUUUCCUUUGCAUCAACUUCAUGCUGAUCACAACCUUUUUUAUGAAGGAUUUCUUCUACAAAACCAUGCGCUACAUGUUAUUUGCUGUAACACUACUGUCUGAUUGUUUGAUUUUGAUUCUAUCAAAUAUCUUACUCAUCUGUGCUUAUUUUCAGGUUACCAUACAAAUGUGGUUGUGUGUUGUUGUAUAUAUUUUGUCGUCUUUGUACACGUUUGUCACCCCAGUUACUCUGACAGCAAUGAGCCUGGAGCGCUACGUGGCCAUUUGCAUGCCUUUGCGUCAUGGAGAGUUGUGCACCACUCGCAACACGAUGCACUGCAUCCUCAUCAUUCACUGCAUCAGCUCUUUACCCUGUGUAGUUCUUCUGUCCAUCUUCUAUGCAUCUGCUUCAAUUACCUUUCACACACAAUACAGGGUGUGUUCAGUGGAGAUGUUCAUGUUGUACAGAUGGCAGAGUCAUAUGUAUUCAGCUAUAAAUCAGUUUUACUUCCUGAUUAUGUGUAUCCUCAUUAUAUUCUCCUACAUUGAAAUAAUCAAAGUGGCCAAAACGGCAUCAGGAGAGAACAAAAAGUCAACAUGGAAAGGGCUCAGAACAGUAAUACUUCAUGGUUUCCAGCUGCUGCUCUGUCUCAUCCGUAUGUGGUGUCCGGUCAUAGAAACUGCUUUGUUAAGAAUUGAUAUCAUUUUAUACAUUAAUGUUAGGUACUCUAAUUACAUUAUAUUUUAUCUAGGCCCAAAAUGUUUGAGUCCCCUCAUUUAUGGUCUCAGGGAUAGAAAGUUUUUCCUUGCACUGAAAUACUAUGUUCUUUGUGGCUUGUACAAGAACAAAGCUUUAGAUUUGUCAUAAAACUAUGAUUGUGUUUUCUUUCUGAUGAUGAAAAACAAGACUACCAGUGUGAUAUCCCCUCAUGACAUUUUAAAGUUAACUAUCAGAAGUCUGUGACUGUACAGGCCACACACUGUCAGCACUGCUGUGCAGCAAAAGUUUGUUUCACCAAUGGUGCAUGCAUAGACCAAAAAAUACAUGGAUUCUGAUUAUUGAAGAAAAACAUGCAAUAAAAAUACGAGCUAUUUAUAACAUACAUAAUCUACAUUACUAAUAAAAACAAUGAUAGGCCUAGCCUGGGACUGGAAUACGACAGGACUGUAUAAAGACUGUA